GAGACGGAACAGCUUUGGAGGAUGCCUGCAAGCUGUGUGCUGCCACAGAGCUCGAACUGGUGCUGCUCACCUUCGCGGACAUGGACACCAAGCAAAGCGAGGAGUUCGUCACAGCCGCCAUGGACGGAGAUGCAGAGAAGGUUGAAUCUGUGCUUUCGGCGCCCUAUGAUCCGGAUGUGAAAAACGGGAGGGGCCACACUGCCUUGUACCAGUCGUCCACGAAGGGGCAUACUCAAGUUGUUCGGCUGCUGCUGGAGGCCCGUGCAGACCCGGAUGUGCCAGUCAAUCAAGGCGUUCGACCUCUUAUGAUGGCAUCUGGGUUGGGUCACCUUGAAACUGUUCGGGCGCUGUGCAAGGCAGGUGCCAACAUGGAACAAAUUGAGGAUGUCAACGGCAACACAGCUUUGAAUCUAGCAGCUUACCAUGGCCGGCUGGACGUCUUGCGCUUCCUGGUUGAAAAUGGUGCCCAACUUCACCAUCGAUCGAUGAGCGGUGAGACGUGCUUGAAUCUUGCAGCCCAGAAGGCGGGUGCUGACGUGGUGCGCUAUCUCUUGGAGCAAGGCCUUGACAUGGACGCCGCAGACAACACCAGAACAAGCUCCUUGAUGUUGGCAGCUCGCUAUGGUCAGGUGGGAGCCGCACGUGUGCUGCUGGAGAGCGGGGCCAACAAAAACUUGGUGGAUAUCGCCGGUGCCACACCGCUGAUGCUCGCAGCUUUCCAAGGGCACAUCGAGGUCAUAAAGCUGCUGCUUGAGGCUUCGGUAGAGCCGGACGUAGUGGACACUGACGGUGGCACGGCCCUGUACCUGGCCUCCCACGAGGGGAAGGCGGAUGUGGUGCGCUUGCUACUCCAGGCCCGUGCUAAUCCGGAUGCGGCUACCAAGCGGGGCACCACAGGCUUGAUGAAAGCUUCGCUGAAUGGUCACCUUGGGACGGUGCAUUUGCUUCUCCACGCGGAUGCGGACCAAAACCGAGUUACAGAGGCAGGAUCCACUGCGCUGAUGAUGGCAGCUUUCGAGGGCCACCUCGAGAUCGUGGAGGCUCUCUUAGACAAUGGCAGCAGAAUAGACUGGGCUGACAAGGAGGGCCAUACCCGACUUAUGGAUUCCAGCACCAUGGACUGGGCCGACAAUGAGGGCACCACCGCCCUUAUGGAAGCCUCCCAACAGGGCGAGAGGAACGUCGUACGGCUGCUUUUAAAGCCGACGUGCCAAUACGAAUUUGACGAACAAGAACGGUAA